UUAAUGGCACGCCAAAUGUCUGCGUUCUCUAGGCUUCCUUCUACCAUGCAUUCCCCUCCGACCGAUGUAUCUGAUUCCGCUGUGAAUAGAGGAAAUCGCAUUCCGGUAGUAGACUUUGUUACGCGUGCGAAAUAAGCGGGGCCGACUUAUAACCAAAACAUAAGAUUGUCAGACUUCUCAUAGACGGGUAAUGUCUGAUAGAAUAAACACGAUGAAGCUGGAAGCUGAGAUUGCUGCGCCUUUGCAUCUGCAGAGACUGGAACGCAGCUUGAAUGUACAGCCUUUCUUAAAGCAGAUUGAUGAUCUUUUUCAAGAAAAACCUAGUGAAGAUGACAAAUCUGUCUCAUCGGAAUCUUCUGAUGGUUCAGAUGCUUAUCUUGAUAAUAUACCCACUCGAAAAGAAGAAGCAAGAAUCAAUAAGUUAAGGCUGUAUAAUAUGUCCAAUGUAGGAGAAGAAAGACAUUGGUUGCAAGAUAUUCUUUUAAGUGAUUCCUCUGAUAGUUCUGCAUCAGGUUCUGAUACAGAUAGCCAAAUCACAGAAGAAGAUUUUCAAGAGAUGUUGAAGUUUCACAUAUUACGAAAAAAAUAUCAAGGUCGUUUUUAUCAGAAACCAGAAAAUAUACAAUAUCAAUAUUAUAGUGCUGGUCUAUUAUCCAAUUACGAUAGAUUUUUAGAGCAUCAAAAGUUAAUUGUGGGAAAUAAAAAGAAGAAAGAGAAAAAACCAGAUAAAAAAAUUAUGAAAAUUAAGAAAGAAAAAAUUAAUCGUCACUGUACAUCUGAAGAAUUCCAUAAAAGAGAAUAUCCAGAGGGAGAAUGGGAUAAAUCAAUUCCUAGAGGAGAAGAGUUAGACGAAUCUGAAUUAGAAGCUAUCAUGCGUCAUCAACCUCGAGGUAGGGGUAGAAAAAAACAUAAUACUAAGAGUGUUGAAGUGAUGACGAUGAGAAGGAGAAAAAUAUGGGUGAUGAUGUCUAAAAAGGAACUAGGAAAAGUACAAAGGGCGAAAACCAAUAAUCAUAAGGAAAUGCUAAUAAGUUGUAAGAAAGUAGCGCAGCAUUGUAUGAAAUAUUGGAGGCAAAAAGCCAUGCAAUCACAGAAAAAUAUGAAAGAAACUAUCUGGCGGGCAAAGCGUUUGACAAGAGAAAUGCAGUCUUAUUGGAAACGUUACGACCGAGUCGAACGGGAAACUAGAAGAAGAUUAGAGAAAGAAGCUGAAGAACAACGUAAAAUGGAUGUAGAACUUAUUGAAGCAAAACGUCAGCAAAGAAAAUUAAAUUUCCUUAUUACUCAGACAGAAUUGUAUGCUCAUUUUAUGUCGCGAAAAAUAGAUAAAGCAUCAGCAGAGGAACAAUUAAGAAUCUUGAAUCAAUUAGAUGAAGAAAAGAAUCCCAGGCUUAUUGGCAUUGAUGAUUAUGAUAGUGAAAUCAUGAAACAAAAAGCAAAGAAAAAUGCUACUGAAGCGUUUAACAACGAAAAGGCAAGGACCAAACAAUUUGAUACAGCUGCUGCAUCUCAAGAGUUACGUUUGAGUGAUACACCUGAGAAUUUGGAGCAUCCACAACCUUCAAUUUUCAAGGGAAAUUUGAAAGGUUAUCAAUUAAAAGGAAUGAAUUGGUUGGCAAAUUUGUAUGACCAGGGUAUUAGUGGAAUACUGGCUGAUGAAAUGGGUCUGGGAAAAACUGUACAAUCCAUAGCAUUUUUAUGUCACGUUGCCGAAAGAUAUUCUGUCUGGGGACCAUUUUUAAUUAUAUCACCUGCUUCAACGUUACAUAACUGGCAGCAAGAAAUGGCAAGAUUUGUGCCAGUAUUUAAAGUAGUUCCAUACUGGGGUAAUCCUCAAGAACGCAAAAUACUCAGACAAUUUUGGGAUACUAAGGAUUUACACACAAAGGAAGCUUCUUUCCAUGUUGUAAUAACAAGUUAUCAAUUAGUAAUUACGGAUUAUAAAUAUUUUAAUAGAAUAAAAUGGCAGUAUAUGAUCUUGGAUGAAGCACAAGCUAUAAAAAGCACAAGCAGCAUGAGAUGGAAAUUGUUACUGGGAUUUAGUUGUCGUAAUAGAUUAUUGCUCAGUGGUACGCCUAUACAAAAUAGUAUGGCAGAACUAUGGGCGUUAUUACAUUUUAUUAUGCCUACAUUAUUCGAUUCGCACGAUGAAUUUAACGAAUGGUUUUCCAAAGAUAUUGAAAGUCAUGCAGAAAAUAAAACAGGAAUAGACGAAAAACACUUAUCGAGACUUCAUAUGAUCUUAAAACCUUUUAUGUUACGAAGAAUAAAAAAAGAUGUGGAAAAUGAAUUAUCCGAUAAGAUUGAAGUAAUGGUAUAUUGUCCACUGACAACUCGUCAAAAGUUACUUUAUUCAGCAUUGAAGAAAAAAAUUCGAAUAGAGGAUUUAUUGCAUUAUACAGUGGGCGGAGGGGACACUGCAUCCAACGAUAAAAAUUUUACUUCCAAUCUAAUGAAUCUAGUCAUGCAAUUCCGAAAGGUCUGCAAUCAUCCUGAACUCUUUGAACGUAGGGACGCUAAAUCACCGUUUUUUAUGAACACUGAAUUUUAUAAUAUGCCUGCUUUAUUUCAUAACGAAGGACUUUUGCAUCUAGCAUUUCCAUCCAAAGAUCAUCUAUUAUAUAACAGGUUGUUUAUAUUUGCCGCAGAAUAUAUUCACCGUUCUCUUUACUACAAUGAAGAUUCGUGCGAAAAUACAUUUUCAUUUAGUAGAUUUAUUAAUCUAUCUCCAAUGGAAAUAAACAAAACAUUUAUUGGUGGUACUUUAUUUAGAUUAUGUCUGAUAACGUUUAUGGAAAGAAGACUAAGAAUGGUGCAAUACUGGGAAAAUUGGCACGUCGGUAACAGAUCGAGAACAUUUACAAAUCAAAUGUUUUACUUGCCCAAAAAAUUUGACGUUUUAUCAACAACAUUGCAAGACAUAUUCUUUACCAGCAAGAUAAUCGAAGGAGAAGCUUUCUAUACACAUACCAAUCAUACGAUACAUUCAAUGCCGGAAACUGUUGCCCACAGAAUACUACGUAGUAGUAAAAAAGCUAAUCAGCUAUUAAAAUUACAAAGGAUAUUACCUACUGGUAAAAUAGAUCAAACGGAAGAUUCAAAAUUGGCUUUGCUUCCUGAACAUCCUCAUCAUCCACGACAGCCUAUAAUGCGAUAUUGCCAACAAACAACGAUUCCUGCAUUUGUUUGCGAUAACAAUCCUAAGGUUCAAGCUAGUCCACGAAAAUUAUAUGUCAGUAAUAGUUCUGCAGCAUGUGCCUGGAAGAGGCACGAGGAAUGUGGUGGUCCGUUCGGUCAAAGAUUACUUUGGCUUGGUUGUGAACGAGCAUUUUCUGAAGAAAAAUUGGGUAUUCGUGCUAGCCAAACAAUAUCUACGUUUUGUUAUCAGCCGCAGGGUGGAUUAUCUGCAUGUGCUCCUAUUAAUGGAUGGUCACAUAUUAUUGUACCAGAUAAACAAACGUUAGUGACAGACGCUGGCAAACUUUCUGUAUUGGACAGUCUGUUACGACGUUUGAAAGAACAAGGUCAUAGAGUACUGAUCUAUUCUCAAAUGACAAAAAUGAUCGACUUGCUAGAGGAGUAUAUGUAUCAUAGAAAACAUACGUUUAUGAGAUUAGAUGGUUCGUCAAAAAUCUCAGAUCGUCGAGACAUGGUGGCAGAUUUCCAAAAGAGAGCGGACAUAUUCGUCUUUCUACUCAGUACUAGGGCUGGUGGCUUGGGUAUCAACCUUACUGCAGCAGACACGGUAAUAUUUUAUGAUAGUGAUUGGAACCCUACCGUAGAUCAACAAGCUAUGGAUCGCGCCCACAGACUGGGACAGACCAAACAAGUUACGGUCUACCGAUUAAUAUGUAAAGGAACCAUUGAAGAACGAAUUUUGCAGAGAGCGCGCGAAAAAAGCGAGAUUCAACGUAUGGUCAUAAGCGGCGGAAAUUUCAAGCCCGAUACUUUGAAACCUAAAGAAGUCGUGUCGCUGCUAUUAGAUGAUGAGGAAAUCGAAGCGAAAUACAGCCAACGAAGCGAGGAGAGAAAGCAGCAACGAGCGGAGGAGGUUCGCCUCGAGUCGAACCUACAGCACAAGGAGAGGGACCGGAAGAGGAAGUUAACCGCGCUUCCGGUCAAGAACGAUGCAAAGAAGCCAUGUCAGACAGAUGCUAAUGGCGACAAGAACAACGAUACCGUUUACGUUCAUCUUAAUGAGUCUAAACCGGCUACCCAUCCGAUUCAGUCACAGCACCAGAACAAUCACCAUCAACAACUAGAAAAUAUAGAUAAUUACAGUACACCGACCAGCCCAGCUAAGUCAGAAGAUGAAACAAGCAACGAGGGACUCGUGGUCGAUGUGGACGGUCCGGUGGCGGUUUCCGGUAACGACCCUCAUGGACAGUCCCGAGGCAGUCUCCACCAAUUUGGAGAAUCUCCAGCUAAAAUCGCCCGACUCGGACAUUUCGCCUUCGGCAUGGGUGCGAACGCGCGAAUGCGACAAUCUGUACGCGGCACGAGCAAACGUGGUCGACCACGAGGUUCUCGUAGGGGAGGACCAAUUGGCGGUAAAGGAAGAGGACUGCUUUUAAUGCAUCCAUCGUCGAAGGUUUCAAAUGUAGCCAAUGAAUCAUCAUCGACGGCGAUGUCAUCGAAUGAUGGAGGUGGAUGCUCUAAUGAAGUAUUGCGACACUGGACGCCUGCGACUUCAGAUCCUGCUGACGGGGAUGGUCCCAGCACGGUUGGUCCAUUGGGUCCAGUUGGCACUUUGAUACCUUUGUCGGGACGCAGUGGAUCUACAGGGAUACGUCGUGGCCCUGGUCGGCCACGAUUACGGCCAACUGGGCCUGGUCAUCAGGGCUAUCGCACCCCCGGUCAUCAUCAUGGCAAGAAGGUCCAGCGGCCGCUGCCAGUCCCCAUCAGAUCUCAUCAAACGGUCGCAGGUGUCAAUCAGCAAAAAGCAUCUUCAUCGUCGCAGAAGCGUUCGAUGACUGGUACCUCGUCUUCGUCGUCAUCUUCACUCGCAGCCGCGAAUUCGACACUGUUAUCUUCAUCAUCAUCGUCGUCAUCAUCCUCAUUGGCGGAAUCACGACCUUUCGGAUUUUACACGCAGCAACAGCCACGUGCAGGAUCAUCGUAGUUUUGCAGAGGAAGAAUAGUGUCCUGGUUAAACAACGCGCAAGUUUUGCGAUGCUGGUAAGCUGUUUUCAAGAUACCUCUGCGUUUUCUCUUUCCGCCAGGUGUCGAUUUCAAUCCAUGGAUCAAUCAGCCAGUUAAUAGUGUAGUGAAAAAAAAUUCUUGUGGCUCGUGGUUUAUUUUUUGAAAUUCAGACUCGAUUAAAAUAUAGCAUGUAAUUAAUGUGUUUUGUGAGAGUUUAACUUCUGCCAGUGAUUUUUCUGUACACGUGACUUGAGCGUGCAAUUCUUAUAAGUUAGACUCUCGUCUCGCCCCCUGUUAUCCUAAAUUAUAAUUAUAAAUAUAUAAUAUGAAAGGAGGCAGCAAUUGACAAUAUUUAGGCACUGUUGCGAUUAUAUCUAUUGCACAAUUAUAUUUAUUUUAGUUAUGGCGUAAGAAGUAAAGCGAAACUCAUUGUCGAAAAUACAGUUUAGAAAAUACAGUUGUCGAUGUCAGUUAGGUACUUAAUUCGAUGCUUGCCUUUGAAUCCUUUUGUCGGAUUCGUCUUCUCGGUUUUACAACAAUUUGGAUCGUACUCUUUGAUUAAAUGUGCAAAAUGGAAUUCUUGUGGGACACUCAUCUGCUGCGGGAGUGAAAGAGGUCGAUUUCUGUUAUUAAUCAAUCGAUCCAAUUCUACGUAUGUGGUACAAGUGUAGCUCUCGUUUUUAACUCUUAAGUGUACAAUUAGAUAAUCGACAUGACGCGCACGUCGGCGCCGAAUUCUGACGACGAUCAUCGAUAGAUCAGACCUCUGGCGAAAACGUCGACGAAAAAGGAGACGGGAAAGCAUUUUGAAUUUGCCUUCUUCGUCUUCUUUAUCAUUCGCUCUCUCGGCGUCUUUGUACAUUUUUCAUUAACGAUAGCAUUAUUCCGUCACUAGACUCGACUAGCCGAUAUUUUUUAUGCAUGUUACGAAACGUCGUUAGGCCAAUUCAAUUUGUAAAAGAAUAGUAUUUAUAUUAGCAAUAAACA